AUGUCUUCGAAAAGGAAAUUUAGCGUUGUUGAGGACAGUGAGAGUUGUGCAGAUAAUGAUUCGAUAGAUAUUUUUAAUAGUGAUAAUGACAGUAAUAGUGAUAUUUUAUUUCCUGUACGAAAAUGUUCGAAACAACUGGUUAUUGAAAAUGACAUCGACGAAGAACGCAUUAAUCAUCAACUAUCAGAGCAAUGGAUUUGGAAAGAAGAAAAUAAUAAACCAAAGAUCUGGAAUUAUACGGAGACUCCUGGCAUAAAAGUGGCAACUUUAUGCCAGUUGGGUAGAAACAAAAGGGAGUUGGACGUUUUUAACAUAAUAUUUGACAAUGCGUUUUGGGAAAAUAUCGUAACGGAGACGAAUCGGUACGCGGAGCAAAUAAUAAACAACAAGAACAAAAGACGUAAAAUCGACGACACUUGGUUUCCUGUGGAUCGUGAUGAAAUAAAAGUAUAUUUUUCAUUGUGUAUAAUAAUAGCUCAAGUUAAAAAGCCAACAGUUCAAAUGAACUGGUCAAGGAGGGCGGUUGUAGAGACGCCAAUAUUCAGGAAAACGAUGCCAUUGAAACGAUUCCUGCAAAUAACUAGAUGUUUGCAUUUUGCGAAUAACGACACGUCCGACAAUACAGAUAAGUUACGCACAAUGAAACCUGUGACAAAUUUUUUCAAUCAAAAAUUCAAAGAAGUGUAUACAAUGGAAGAGGGCAUUGCUAUCGAUGAAUCGCUAAUGAAAUUCAAGGGACACAUGUCUAAACAAUUUAAUCCAUCGAAAUCGAGGCUCGGUGUAAAAUUUUGUAAACUGUGCGAGUCAGAAUCGGGUUAUUGCUAUGACUUCAAAAUAUAUACAGGUAGCGAUCAAAUAAAUCUUAACGACAGUGCAUCUCAAAGUGUCAUGGAGUUGUUACAGCCGGUAUUACAUAGAGGGCAUACUUUGUACUUGGGUGAUUGGUACUCUUCGCCGGAACUGUUUGCAACUUUAGUUAACAGUGAAACUAACGCCGUUGGGACAGUACGUUCCGAUAGGGGAAGCAUGCCGAGAGAUUUCGUUAAAGCAAAAUUGAAAAAGGGGGAGUGCAGAAUGAGAAGCUGCAAUGGUAUAUUAGCAUUAAAAUGGAAAGAUAAACGAGACGUUCAUAUCAUUUCGACAAAGCACGAGACUGCAGAAAUGACUGAACAAAAUAAAAGUCAAUUCAAUCAUACUUGUAAACCAAAAUGCGUUAUCGAUUACAACAAAGGAAUGAUUGGGAUUGAACGCCAGGAUCGGAUGUUAGCGUGCUUCCCCGUUAUGAGAAAAUACACGAAGGGACAUCGGAAAGUUUUCUUUUAUGUAUUUGACAUGGCGCUCUUUAACUCGUACAUUUUGUUCAAAAAAAUAAACGCAGGGAAAAAACAGAGUUACGCUGAGUAUAGAAUUGAAAUAGCCGAAUCAUUGUUAAAAAAUGUACCAUUGCCAGAAUAUAAAGGACGAGGGCGAUUAUCGAACGGAGAUUUACCGUUGAGACUGCACGCGCAACAUUGGGGUCAUUUCCCUAAGCAUAUAGGCCCAACACCAUCGAAGCAAAAGCCAUCAAGAGCUUGUAAAGUUUGUACGAAACACAAGAAGCGUAGUGAAACAACGUGGGAGUGCAAGAAAUGUCAAGUUGCGUUACAUGUACCAGAAUGCUUCGAAAGAUACCAUACGAUCGAAGAUUAUUAA